CGGGCGUGUUAUGUAAACAGGAUGAUGCUGUGUAGUAAUAAAAGACAUUGAUGGUUUGAGUUGGGUUGUUUGUAAACGUAAUGAAGCGAAACUUUUACUUAUAACAAUUUGAUAUUUUCGCACGUCAUAGCGAGGGAUGUAGCGGAAUAAAACACAAUGGCGGGUCUAUCCGCUGUGUUCACUGAGAAGGAAAGGACGAACUGGCUAAAGGCCUGGCUAGCAGUCGACAUCGCAAAGGCUGGUUUGGAGAAGUUCGUAGAAAAUGAGGCUAAAACUGUGCACGCCAAUAUAUACAAUGCUGUUUGUCCGAGUAUUCAGGCUCAAGUCCCGUGUUCAGGCUGUCACACUGCAAACUUGCUGAAAUGCCCAACACAAGGCAUAUGCAAAAAAAAAGGUGCGCAUGCCACAUGUACAUCUAUGCAUGACACUGUUGCAAAACAACCACGAAAAUGUCCUGCUAAUGUGUGUAAUACAGUCCAUGACGAAAUUGUUAAGCAGCAUAAAUUUAACAAUCCGUCAUGGAAAAAUACAACGGCGCAACACUGGGCAACAAAUCCAUGGCAAAUAGCCAAGGCUUAUUUACCUCCAGACGGAUAUGCUGGAAAGAUAUCGGUUCAAGAUACAGACUUCAACGGAAUCAUCAGUUUUAUGAUGAACUGCAAUCACUUUGACAACAAGUUUUCAUUUGUUAUAUCACAAGGAAAACAGAGUCCUCUGUGUCUACUUGCAAAAGCGCGAGAAAUUGGAAGAAGUGUCCGUCAUUCGUCUCAGUGUAAAAUCACAGACCUAGAUCUCCAGGAUAUUUUCACAACACUGACUAGCCUGCUGAGUGACCCAACAAGUCUGACACACGACGUCACUGCACAGGACGCUCUGAAGAAACUAGCAAAGCUGCAAAAGGACGCAUUGAAAAUAACCACGAAGGAAAUGAUGCAUUUACUAGAGUCUGCCCAAGAUACACUUGAAAACGUUGAAAGUAUUGCCGAUAAAUAUCUGGAUGAGAUGAAGAUGCACAUUGAAAAGUGUAAAACGGAUCUAGAUGCACAUAUGGACACAUUUAAAAAGGAACUUGAUGACCACACUGCAAAAUGUACACAUGCUAUAGAUGGACAUACUAGCAAGAUAUUGGAACUGACCUAUGAGCAAUCUUGUCAAGGGAUGAUCGAAGGUAUGAAGAAGCUUUAUAAUCACAAAUUAAGUCACGUGACCAUAUCUCCAUUGAAUGACUACACAGAUGAAUACUUACGAGAUGUUUAUAUGCCGCCAAAACUUUUGGCGAUGUACAAGGACAGACGGGAAUUUAAGAAAGGAUACACACUGGUUACACAGUACAAGGAUGUGUUUUCAACAGAUGAAAAAGUGUACACACGAAUAUUUCUUCAAGGUGAGGCGGGGUCAGGUAAAACUACAUUCUUAGCAAAGUUGGUCCUGGACUGGUGUGAAGAAUCCCAUAUUUCUAGUACAUCGGAUAAAAGCUCACAUUUCUUUGCUGAUGUACAUGUUCUUAAAGGCUAUGUGUUCGUUUUCCAUAUUUUAUUAAGGAAUGCGGUUAAACAGUUCGACGUAUAUACUAUGAUUAAAGAACAAAUAAUAGACUUGAUAUACUCCCAGGAAGACCGUGAGAAGGCAUACAGACUAUUAAAUGAGAUUAUGAAACGUGAACGUUGCUUGGCACUUCUUGAUGGUCUAGAUGAGUGGACCGGACCUGGAGAUCCUCACAACCUACCGACAUUGGUAGUAGAUCAUAGCAAAUGCGUGAUGAUAAUUACAACACGGCCAUGGAAAUUGGCUGUAGGUAAAAUUACUCAUUCGGACAUCAACGCCUUGCUGCAACUGGAAGGAAUAAACAAGCCGUUGGAUCUCAGCAAAGUAAUCCUGAGCCGCUUUGUAGAUAUAAAAGAACUUGAAAUAAAACACUCAGCUUUUAAGGAUUACAUAUUGAAUCAGAAGCUCGAAGAGUUACUGUCCUCACCUUUGAUGCUCUCAGCAAUUGUGUGUUCAUAUGCAGAGGGAAUUGAACUCAAAGGCUCAAAGUGUGAAAUAUACAUCCUCCUACUGGAAAGUCUUUUUAAGAAACCGAACAGUGAAAUUUGUACAUUUGAACAGCCCCCAUAUCCAUGCUUCAAACGGACUCAAUACAUACAGACCAAUAUUGAACAACUAAAUCGUCUGUCCGAAUUAGCAUUUCAUUUGAUGUUUGUAAAUGAAAAGGAAAACUCUAUAGCGUUUAGUAUUAUGGAAUUGAAGAAAUUUAAGUUGAAUGAAAGCGAACACAAGGAGUUUGUAUUAAAAUCCGGAAUUUUGACGGAGACACGAAACGCCUCUAUACUGCGAUCGGAAUCAUCAUUUAUGUUUUUCCACUUGAGCAUGCAGGAAUUCCUCGCUGCUUAUCAUAUUGCCCGCAAUACCCAUCUCAUUGAUGGCAUAAUUUCUGAUUAUCUGAAACGUCACAAUGCUGCAUAUCUUGACGUAUCACAGGUUUUUAUAUUCCUGUGUGGACUGGACAUAUCGGGUGCAGAAAAGCUAUCAAGUAUGAUGAAUGAACAGAACACUUGUGAUGCGCCUGGUACAUUGCUUGAACGCGAUGGUUUGAUCCAUCUAAGGCACCUCUACGAUUUUCAAAAAAUCCCACUGGCAGGAUACAGAGAAGCUGUUUCAAAUGGACAUACCGGCAUUUCCAUUACACUUAGUCAUUUUAACUUUGAUCUGAAAAAAUUUGAUGAGCACACCAUCAGAGAUCUUCAUAGGAUUUGGACAAUUAACGGGGCCAAUGCCAUUUCCUUGGUAGUUUACUGUGAGAACACCUUUGAAAAAAAACGAAUUUCAACUGCAAACGACGAGUCUGCAUCGCAUAUUAAGUUUGACCUUAAUUCGUGUACCCAGCUGAAGUACUUACAACUAGGAAAGGACGGCAUAUUGAUUACAGAUUCUGCAAGUAUGGCCACAUCGGAUUUGCCGGUCUGGAUUGUUCUAAAUAGUCCCAAUCCAAACAAGUGCAUAAAACCUCCUCCAGUACUGUCUUCAAUAGAAUAUAUUAAUGUGUGCCAUGCCAAAUGUUCCUUUACCUGGCUAUGCAGUUUGCUUAGCAUGCUGCUUACACUUGAUCAAGAGGUGUGGUGUUACCUGAAUGACUUUCAAAUAACGUCAUGUGUAGAGGUAACAGGCAGCACAUCAUCUGGCAGUUUACAAAUAAAAAAAACAGAAAAAAACAUAUCAGUAUCUCUACGUGGUAAUACCAGUGUGUUGGAGGCUCUCCAAGGUCUGAAUAUCAAUAGUCUAGCUCUGUAUGGUUGCCGUAAAGAUUUUAGCGCGAGUUAUAAAGAGUCGAAAUUUUCUGCGUCAGAAUCACAAGCUAUUAGUAUUGAAAGAAAUUUUAUUGGAGAAGAGUGUCGGAGAAAUUCUAAAAACGGUUUGCUUACCACGAGUCUGCGUGAGUGUGGCGGGUGGGAAGUGAAGCAUGUUGAGUCGUUGUCUCAGACGCUACCAUUGCUAACACAGCUAGAAAUACUAAGUAUUACUGUGGAAGAGGACAGUCAUGGUCUGUGGGAGGCUCUUCACGGUCUGAAUAUCAAGAGGUUGAGUCUGAUUAUGUUAGAAGUGAAUCAUAAAGAGUCGAUGUCUCAGUCGCUUUUAUCGCUCACACAGCUGGAAGCUCUAAGUUUUAAGGUGGACUAUGACAAACCUGGUAUGUGGGAGGCUCUCCAUGGUCUGAGUAUCAAGAGUCUGAGUCUGUAUUGCAGUGAUGGAGAUUUUAAUCUCAAGAAUGCGGAAUCGUUUUCGCAGUCGCUAUCAUCGCUAACACAGCUGGAAUCAGUUAGUAUGUAUACAAGUAAGACAGCAGAUAUUACUGGUCUCUGUGAGGCUCUCCGUGGUUUGAGGAUCAAGACUCUGAGUCUGAGUGACUGGUGGAUAAUGAAGCAUACAGAGUCGUUUUCUCAGUCCUUAUCAUCGCUCAAACAGCUGGAAACACUUAGUAUUAGUGGGUUGGAAUGCAGCCCUGAUUUCUGGGAGGCUCUCCGUGGUUUGAAUAUUAAGAGUCUAAGUCUGCUUGGUGUGUUUGAAAUGAAGCAUGCAGAGUCGUUGUCUCAAUCCUUAUUAUCGCUCAGGCAGCUGGAAGAGCUUACACUUUAUGUGGAAACAUACUGCGCCUUACAGUUUCCUCAAUCAUUGAAGUUCUUAAAUAUCUUCUUUGUGGUAUUGCUUCCAUCCCAAUUACGCGCCCUUGUGGACGUACUAGCUGCAUGUACUAAUAAAAUUGAGACUAAACUCGAAUUCGGUUGUUCUUCUAUAUAUAAAGAACGCAUCCCACUGCAAGAAUACAUUCCAAUUAAACAGGAAUUUGAUGCACGGAAUACAAUUGCAGUGAAACGAUUCCGAAUAUAUGAAUGGCCUGAUUCUGGCGGUGUUGCCAUGUCUACACGUGACAUUGAUGGUGCUGAUGACGCUUCUCACGAUGCCGUUUGUGAUUUGUAUCACAAAUACGUGGACUAUUUUGAUACUUACAAAAUUAACAUAAUAUCAAUACGACUUCAGAUUAGUCCAGACUCUGUCUCAUAAGUUAUUUUAUGCUGAUGUUACAGAUUAUGUUUAUAUGAACAGUUUGAUUCAUGCUUUUAAUUAUAUGUGAUACUUCGUAAAGGUAUGUUGUUACUUAGUUCAUAUUUUUAAUUAAGAAUAAAUAUUAUGCUAGCAAAGUGUUUUGUCGACUGUCCCAUGUGUUAUUUGACCUGAAAAGUAAAAAUAAAAAUGAUUUUUAAACAAUUUAAGUCAAAUUUUACAUUUGCACGAGAUUUUCUAUUAAAUGUUUGGUUAACUAAAUUCAAUAACAUGACGUAAAUUAAGUUCUUUAUAGUAAAUGACUACAGAUUUAUUAAUUCAGGUCAAUAAACACCAUGACGCUAUGUUUCUCGUUGCCACAGAGCAAGUAACACAACUCGCAAUUAAACGUCUACGUUAUGUUGUGUUUUUUAGCUCACCUGAGCACAACGUGAUCAUGGUGGGCUUUUGUGAUCGCCCUUUGUCCGUCGUGCGUCGUGCGGCGUCAACAUUUGCCUUGUUAACACUCUAGAGGCCACAUUUAUUGUUCAAUCUUCAUGAAAUUUGGUAGGAAGAUUGGUCUAAAUGAUUUCUUAGAUGAGUUCGAAAAUGGUUACGUUUGCUUGAUAAACAUGGCUGCCAAGGGGCGGGGCAUUUUUCCAUAUAUGGUAAAAUCUUGUUAACACUCUAGAAGCCACAUUUAUUGUCCGAUCUUCAUGAAACUUGGUCAGAAGAUUCAUCCCAAUAUUAUCUUUGACGAGUUUUAAAAAUGAUACCGGUUGGUUGAAAAACAUGGCCGUCAGGGGGCGGGGCAUUUUUCCUUAUAUGGCUGUAGUAAAACCUUGUUAACACUCUAGAGGCCACAUUUAUUUUCCGAUCUUCAUGAAACUUGGUCAGAAGAUUUUUCCCAAUGAUAUCUUGGAUGAGUUCGAAAAUGGUUUUGGUUGUUUUAAAAACAUGGCCACCAAAGAGCGGGGCAUUUUUCUUUAUAUGGCUUUAUAUGGCUAUAGUAAAAUCUUGUUAACACUCUAGAGGCCACAUUUACUGUACGAUCUUCAUAAGACUUGGUCAGAAGAUUCAUCCUAAUAAUAUCUUGGAUAAGUUCAAAAAUAAUGCCGGUUGGUUGAAAAUCAUGGCCGCCAGGGGGCGGGGCAUUUUUCCUUAUAUGGCUAUAGUAAAAUAUUGUAAACAAUCUAGAGGCUACAUUUAUUUUCCGAUCUUCAUGAAACUUGGCCAGAAGAUUUGUCCCAAUGAUAUCCUGGAUGAGUUCGAAAAUGGUUUCGGUUGCUUUGAAAACAUGGCCACCAGGGGGCGGGGCAUUUUUCCUAAUAUGGAUAUAUAUUGCUUUAGUUAAACCUUAUUCACACUCUAUUGGCCGCAUUUAUUGUCCGAUCAUCAUGAAACUUGGCCAGACAAUUUGCCCUAAUGAUAUCUUGGAUAGUAGAAAAACAUUGCCGCCAGGGGGUCGUGGCAUUUUUUCUUGUAUAGCUAUAGUAAAACCUUGUUAAAAAUCUAGAAGCCACAUUUACUGUCUGAUCAUCAUGAAACUUGGUCAGAAUAUUUUUCCCAAUUAUAUCUCUAAUAAGUUCGAAAAUGGUUCCAGUUGCUUGAAAAACAUGGCCACCAGGGGGCGGGGCAUUUGUCCUUAUGUUUGUUUAAAUGAUAUCUUGGAUGUGUAUGAAAAUGGUUCUGGUUUGUUGAAAAACGUGGCUGCCCGGGUGUUCACUAGUCAUGAAAGUUUGUUAGAACAUUUGUUCUAAUGACAUAUUGGGCUGCACAGAACAGUACCUUUGAAUCUCAGGUGAGCGACUUUCGGUCUUUCAGGCCCUCUUGUUUGUUAAUGGUAAUAUAUAUGUUUUAAAUCACUUCAUACCUUUGUUUAAUACUUUUGAAUUUUUGAAACACAUUACAAUUGUAUUAGUGCGCGUGUAAGCAUGUACAUACAACUGUACAUAUUCCUAAUUUUUGUCAAAGCAUUUGAAUGUACAUAUAAAUAUUGGUUUACAUCAUAGUUUUCAUAU